CUGGCUGUUUCUCCUGGCCGUAAUCACUUUCACGGACCAGCAGUCUAUCGGCAAAAACUGCCAGCAGCAAUCAUCGUUGUCACCAGAGCCCUUGAAGGGUUUACUUUACCAGAGUGAACCGGCGCUAACGUCACAUUACCCGGCACAUGCUAAAAGAUUGGAGUCAAAUGACAAAGCAACUGAAGUAAAUCGAAAUUGCACAUAAAAAUGAAGGAUGCAUCUGAAUCCAGAACAAGUUGCCUUAAUUGGACAAGUAUUUGAAUCUUAUGUUGUAGAACUCCAUAAAAAUGAUAUAAUCCAUGUUCUACAACAGCCAGAUACUGGUGCUCACUAUCCCGUAAUUGUGAAUGCAUUGACGCUGUUUGAAAUCAGUAUGGAAAUUGGUGAAUACUUAAAUGCAUUUCCUAAUGAAAUGUUUCCAAUAUUUGACAAUGCACUGCACAGAGCAGCCAUGACAAUUCUGCAGUCAUAUCCAGAGCCACAUAAUUUGGUGAUGAAACAAAAAGUUCACGUGCGAAUUUCAGGAUUGCCACUUUGUCCUGAACUGACAAGAGAUCGUAUACCAAAAACCCGAGAUGUUAGUCAUUUCCUCUCUGUUAUUGGAACAGUCAUACGAACUGGAAUGGUGAAGGUGUUAGAAUUUGAACAUGAGUAUAUGUGCAACAAAUGCCGUCACAUCUUCACAGUGACUGCAGACUUUGAACAGUAUUACACCACCUGCCGUCCUACAUCCUGCCCAAACCCAGAAGGUUGCAACUCAAUGAAAUUUACAUCCCUCUCUGGGUCCAUGUCUUCUCCUGCCAGUUGUAAAGAUUACCAAGAAAUCAAAAUUCAGGAGCAGGUUCAGAGACUGUCUGUGGGAAGCAUACCUCGAUCUUUGUUGGUUGUCCUUGAAGAUGACCUUGUGGACACUUGCAAAUCAGGUGAUGAUAUUACAGUUUACGGUGUGGUUAUGCAGAGGUGGAAACCUCUCAGUCAGGGCUCCCGUUGUGACCUAGAACUUGUCCUGAAAGCCAAUAAUCUUGAGGUGAACAAUGAACAGCCAACUGGAGUUAUUAUUGAUGAAGAUGUCCAGAAAGAAUUCGAAAACUUUUGGAAGAAUUAUAAAGAUGACCCUCUAGCAGGAAGAAAUGAAAUUCUGGCCAGCCUUUGCCCCCAGGUAUUCGGAAUGUACGUGGUUAAACUAGCUGUUGCCAUGGUGUUGGCAGGUGGAGUGCAAAGAACUGAUGGAGCAGGCACAAAGGUUAGAGGAGAACCCCAUCUUUUACUGGUAGGAGAUCCUGGAACAGGAAAAUCUCAAUUUCUUAAAUAUGCAGCAAAAAUUGUGCCCCGUUCGGUGCUGACUGCAGGAAUUGGAUCUACUAGUGCUGGUUUGACUGUGACUGCAGUAAAGGACUCUGGCGAGUGGAACCUGGAAGCAGGAGCACUGGUUCUAGCAGAUGGAGGUCUGUGCUGUAUUGAUGAAUUUAAUAGUAUUAAAGAACAUGAUAAAAGCAGCAUUCAUGAGGCAAUGGAGCAGCAAACUAUAAGUGUGGCAAAGGCAGGCCUAGUAUGCAAGUUGAACACAAGAACAACUGUCCUUGCUGCUACAAAUCCAAAAGGCCAGUAUGAUCCUGAUGAAUCGAUCACUGUAAAUACAGCAAUUGCCAGUCCACUUCUGAGCCGAUUUGAUCUAGUAUUGGUACUCCUGGAUACCAAAAAUGAAGAAUGGGACAAAGUGAUAGCUUCUUUCAUUCUGGAAAAUAAAGCUUGCCCAACAAUCUCUGACAAAUUGUGGAGCAUGGAGAAAAUGAAAACUUACUUUUGUCUCAUCAAAACUUUGCAACCUAAGAUUUCUGGUGAAGCAAAUAAAAUCCUUGUGAAAUAUUACCAAGUACAGCGUCAAAGCGGGUUUAGAAAUGCAGCCAGGACUACAAUUCGUAUGCUUGAGAGCUUGGUCCGUUUAGCUGAAGCUCACGCAAGGCUAAUGUUUAGAGAUACAGUAACUGUUGAAGAUGCUAUCACAGUGAUCUCUGUAAUGGAGUCUUCCAUGCAGGGAGGUGCUCUACUUGGUGGUGUGAAUGCACUGCACACUUCCUUUCCAGAAAACCCAAAAGACCAAUACAGAAUGCAAUGUGAACUGUUGCUCGAAAGGUUGGGCCUAAAUGAUAUUCUCCAACAAGAACUACAAAGGCUUGACAGUGUUCGAAAUGAAAAUGAGCACCAUCUACCUCCGAGAAGUGCAAACUCGAGCGACAAAACUGAUCAGUUUUCGGAUUCUACUCUUUAUUCAACAAGUAAUGAAAUGAAGCCCAGUCCUGUUCAACAUCUUGAACAAUCUGAAGGUGGUCUGACCUGGUUUGUUAAUUUUCAAAGUGAAAAUCAUGAAAUUGAGUCCAAGGAAGAUGAAGUGGUACCGAACAAAUCCGCCACACACAAAGUACCAUCAGAGAAUUCUUAUCAGAGCCGUUUUCCUGGUUUACGUGUCAAUUCUCCGCCAAUUAAAAAUCAAGAGGGGGUUGCAGCAAGUGCAAAGACGCCAGACGUGAUCUCACCACUUGGACGUUCUUGCAAUACAGAUCAUGUGAAUUCUGUUGGUUCAGCUACCAAAAAUGCAAAAGCUGACAAAACAGCUGGCACUGACUCCCUAAAGAGACUGACAAAUGCUAAGAUUUCUGCUUCUUCAAACACAUCUUGUUCUGCUGUAACAGUGCAUGUAUCAAAAAAGCUUCAUGCUUCCCGGGUUUCACAGAGUGGAACGUUGUACAAAAGUGACAAAACUUCUGGCAAAAGUCACCCAACUGAUUUAAGUGAAACGGGUGGAUUUUCUAAUCUGGUUGGCACUUGCACAAAAAGCUUCCAUAUGUCAAAUAAUGAUUGUUCAGACCAAGAGCCUUUGCAUAGAAUGCAACCUGCAUCAAAUAAGUCAAGUUAUCCAAGUGGAACAAAGAAUACAGUGCAGGACAGUGGAACCACUCCCCAAGAAUCUGCAACUCAUGGGAAUUCCAGCAGUCUGUUGACCAAACUGAAAACUUUUGCAUUCAAACCUCAACAGAAGCUAAGACAUUCGACCGGGCACAAUUCUACUCCUGAAUCUUUGCUGCAUUCUGAAACUGCAGACAUUGGGGUGUUAAAUACUGAAUUGAGGUAUCCUUCACAACAAGCAGCACUGGCCAGAAAUCAUGGAAAAACCACCCAAGGAGGUCAUGCUUGCACCACUAAAAGUAAAUCCUCACACAAAGUAAAAAGCAAAGAGCCACCUGUGGUAGACUGUGGUAAAACUGAAACAUCCCUCAAGAUGCAGAAAACGUUAAGUACCGCAGAUGAGGUACAAAAUUUGACACAGUAUAAAUCAAAAAGUCCACUUUCUACAGAGCCCAAUACAGACCAACAAACUAGCCAUGGUUCAGCUGUAACAAGUCAAGUGAAAGUGGCCUCCAGUACAUUGGCAAAACUUGCAAGUUUCUCUUUUAGUUCACCAUCUGAGAAGAAAACCAAAAAUGACACAAUGGAAAAGAAGGCAACUAUUGAGCAGCUGAAAAGCAUGGCACAAAAUGUAGACACUGACUGUGCAGCAUCAUCUAGAAAAAGGAAGACUUUUGGGUUAACAUCAGCUGGCACUAUGACCAGUGUUAUGAGCAAAUACCUCUUUUCAACUGAUGAGUUGGAAGACGAUGGUGUUCUGGAUUUUGACUGGGAUGAAGAAGCAAAGAAAAAACCCAGAACAUAAUUGAUGUCUUUCAGAGAUGUACCUCAAUGGCUUUUCUUUAAAAGUGUGCACAUAGGUUAAUCAUAAGGUAAAACAAUCCAUAACUAACAUUGUUGUGCAUUUUAUUAAUGUAUGCUCCUGACUGACCGUUCUGUUUAGGUGUGUUUUCCACAUGUGUGCUUUCAAUGUGUAAAAGUAACAUGUACAAGUUAUAUUUGUGAAAUUUCCAAAGAGGCAAAGGAAAUGAGAUGAGUUGAUCAACACAUCUGAAACACUGAGGUUGAAUAUUAAUUGCACCAGACAAAGUUGCGAAUAUGAUGUUACAAUCAAGAUUUUUUUAAAAGAAAGCUUGUUUUUGGUUUGUAUCGUCAGUCAGCUGCAUUUUUUUUUGUAACUGUACAUUUUAUGCUUACUAAUUUUAACUGAAAUAAAUAAGUCUUUUUGGUAGUUGAUAAAGAAACCAAAAAUUUCUGUUGAAAGAACACUUGCUUACAGCCUGAAGUAGUUCACUUUGUCAUAUUGCAUUCUCACUGUUAUGUUUAUGUAGCAGAUUUUGUUUUAUUGAUUUAAGAAUAAGCCGUAUGUAAUUACCUCUGAGAAACUGUCAUGGCAUCUCUUGCCUCCUGAGAAUUGCUGGCAAAUUACCCAAUUCAUUGCAGAUAUAUAUACGCUCAUUCCAUAAGUAAAAGCACACAAGAUCUGAAAUAAAGACAGAAAAUGCUGUAAAUACUCAACAGGCCAGACAACAACUGUAGAGUGUAAAACAGACUUAAGGUUUCAAUGCCAGAGGAUAUUUUCUGCCAAAGGACGUAGGGUGCUGUUUGGUGCAGGAUUUCUUCUUUAAUGUAUUUGUGCUUUUGCCAUAUUAUCACCAGGAUAUACUAUGAUUCACUUAAUGAAAUAAUUACUCUGGACAAAGUUUAAAACAAAUCGAUUUGUAAUCCAGUACAUAGUGAAUAAAUACAUUCCUCCAGAUAAAUGCACAAAAAUCACCACAUACGUCUUCCAAAAAAAAAGACCCAGCUGGUUAAAAAAGAGAUUUUUAGUAACUUUGUUUCCAGCUGCUCAAGAAUAAUGUUUGUUGCAUCAGUGGCAAUAACAUGGGAACUAUUUUGAUGAGCAAUUAAUUACCUAAUUGUUAACCUGCUGAAUUGUCAUAAUUAAAAAGCAAUAACAAACCCAAAUAAUUCAGCAUCAGUUGUAUUUUUUAUUCCAAACGUUGUCAAAAUGUUGGACACUUGCCACCCUGUUUCAUCACAACAUAAAUAAGCAUAUACUUUAAUAAC